AUGUUUUUUAAUUAGAAUUAACUAUCAAAAUAUACUUUUAACAAAUAGUUAAAUUUUAUUUUUUUAAAAUUUUUUUCUAAUUAAUUUUUAUAAUUAAAAUAUAAUAAAAGCUAAAAUUAAAUUGGUUAAUAAGAUUUAUCAGAUGUAUUUGAUAGUUUAAAAAAUUUCUCUAAGCUCACUUCAUUUUAUCUUGGUCUUAGUACAAAUUAAAUUAAUGAUGAAAAUGUCCAAAUUAUUGGUAAUGCAUUAAAUGCUUGUAAUAGUCUCUCAGAUUUGAUACUAAGUCUUUGUUAAAACUAAAUUAGCUCACAGGGGGCAUUUAAAUUAGGCUCUAGUUUAGGCAAAUGUAUGAGUCUUACAAGAUUGUUACUUAACUUAUCUUAUAAUAAAAUCACUGAAGAAGGAACUUAAAGAUUAGUUUAAGCUUUAGCAAGCUGUAACUCACUCCAAUAUUUUGAACUCAAACUUAUGAAGAAUAAAAUUGGGGGAUAAAAUUUAUCAGCUAUAGGCUCUGCUUUCACAAAAUACCUUAAUCUCUCAAAAUUAACACUUAUCUUCAAUGAAAAUUAAAUUGGUGAUCAUGGUGCUUAUGAGUUAGUUUCUGCUUUAUCAAAAAGUGAUAAAAUUGUGCGUUUAAAUCUAAGUUUUUAUAAAAAUUAAAUUACAAACGAAGGCGCUUAUAAUAUUGGUUAAGCCUUAGCAAAAUUCACUAAUCUCUUAAGUUUAGAACUCAAUUUAAGUAUAAAUUAAAUUGAUUUUAACGGUGCAUUAAAUUUAUGCUCUGCUUUAGAACAUAUCUUUACUCUCUCAACAUUAGUUCUCAAUCUUUGGUUAAAGAUAGACCAUUACAAUGACUCAUAGAAAUUUAAAAUAAGAAGAAAAGUUCUUAAAUUCAAGAGAUUAAUCAAUAAUAAAAUAUAUUUAUGA